GGGAAAUCGGGCGAGAGGUGGUGAAGAACAAGAGUGAAUAUUAUUUUUGAGGAUGACCUGUUUGAUUACUGGUCUCGGUCUAGAGACAUCUAUCCAGCUCGUGUACCUAGGUAUCUACCUCCAUAGUCCAGAAAGAUUAUUAUAGAUCGGGGUGCGGUGGUCAUUUUGAUGGGGUCCCAUAAGCCAUUGCUUCCGGGCGCCAAGCCCAUCCCCAUUUGUGUGCGAAUUUCCCCCUAACAACCAAACAGGGCAAGGUGGGAAGCUCGAACGAAAGAACGGGACUCGCCCAGCGGCCAGCAUCACGGACAUAUGGGAAUCGAUGGAUUCUGCAGAGAGGCUGGCAGCUGGCGGUCGCCGCAGGAGGCGCCCUAGGGGCACCUGGGAGCUGAAGCUGGUUACCAUGCUGGCCAGCGCGUUGCUCGGUACAUCACGGGAUCGUCGGCAAAACCGCCCCGGAAAGGCUAAGCCGGACACAUUCGCCCGUGUCCACCUCAACCUCAACCUCUUCCCUUCCUUUCCCUCUUUCUUCCCUCUCCCCAUCCUCUCGUCCUUUUGACCUCUAUACCCCGUUUCGCUCUUCAACACCAUCAAGAUGUUCAAGAGCGGUCUUGCCCGGACCUUCGGGAGGGCUGCUUUUGCUCGACCUACCUCCGUCGCCCGUCGCGCUUUCCAGCCCAAGACCAAUGGCC